AUGGGUGAAUUCAUCGCGGCGUUGGCAUCCCUCGACGAGCCUGUCAAGGAGCUCGCCCUGUGCAACCUCCAGAACAUCAACCCGACGGACCUUGAGGUGGUCCGAAAUCUCACCAAGAUUUUGGGCAGUCUGCGCGCACUGCGGCUGAAUAUCACGAAUGAACAUGACGGAAACGGGGAAAUCGAUCUGGAGCAAGACGAACCGCACAAAUUCUUCCCCGAGCUUCCCUCCUUCUGGCUGGCCCCGGCGGCCGUGACCCUCGAACACCUGACCAUCUAUUCCUGCAACUACUUCGGCUUCUACCCCAAGCUAGAUCUUCGAGAGGUCCACCUCCCGCACCUAAAGACGCUCGCUCUGGGCAAAUACGCGUUCGUUCACGACUCCCAACUCGAGUGGAUCCUCUCGCACGGCAAGACCCUGACCGAGCUCUACCUCGGCGACACCUCGAUCCUCUUCGAGGUCUCCGUCUACAACAACGACCGGGCCUGCCUGGAACCCAACCAAUACACCCACAAAGCUGGGCUGCGCAAUAAACACUUCGCGACAUACGACAAGCGCUGGCACCACUACUUCCGGGCCUUUCAGCUGGGGCUCCCCCAUCUGCGUCAUUUCCGCUACGGGCGCUCGGGGUGGUGGUGGCAAGAGGACAUGACGCCCCUGGAGCGCGAGACGGAGAUUACGGUUGGGAUGCAUGACGAAAGUUACAUGGUCUUCUGCGACGGGUUCGGGCCGACUCCGUAUAUGAAUACCACGAUCUAUAACACCGACGACGACGAGCCCUCCUAUGAGGGUGAGGGCGUGGAUUGCAUGGAGGAGGAUCAGCAGGCGUUGAAGAAGCUGCUGGAGAAGAUUGGACAGCCGCUGGAGGUAGUGGAUUAG